AUGAGCAAUUUUAGAAAAGCUUGGACGCAUUUCCGCCCUUUGGAAGAAUGGAAGACUGACGUUGAUGAAAUAGUUGAGCUAUUUACCAACUCUCAAUCGCCUGUCAACUUCGUAGCUUGGUUGGCUUCAAGGUAUAUCGGCGAACCUGACCAUGUUUUACAUACGCAUGGCUUUUACAACGGCGAGUAUGAAGCAAUGAUGCGGAAGCUGGACAUUCUUUUUGGCUACUUUGCAGAAAGGAUGAAAGCGAGUGGUCUCGAAGACAAAGUGAAUAUUAUUUUCACGGCAGACCAUGGACACACUCAGCUAAAGAAUCAUAUAAUUUUAAGACGGUUCACCGCCUCAGCUGCUAUGCGUAAACUCAAAGUAACUUUUUCGUUCAUACUAGGAGGAGAAAUUAUCGCAACGCAGACCACCGUAACGAGUAACAAGGUGAUGAAGCGAGCUGUACAAGAUGACGCCUUCCUUAUGUCGAAGAAUUGUGAUUCGCAGAAAAUGUCCAUAUGA